AUGCUGCUGAAAUGCUUCUUUGCUUCUAAAUAUUCACAGCAACUCCAACACGCCUAUAUUCAGUUUGCUGCCGCUGCUCUUAGAGAUUACCCUUAUUUGUGUUUUACUGUUGCUUAUUCAGUUUAUCGUGUCAUUCUCAUGGAUGCUUACUAUCCCGAGCAUAAAUACAACACACGAUCGCCUCGUGAAACCAUCACACUUACGCCUGAUUCAUCAACCCGCAUCAAGUGGUCCGAAGUCUCCAUCGACCAGUGGUCGCCCACUGUAUCCUCUUUCCGACCGCCUAAAAAGCGUCACUCUCGGCAAUCUAAGACUAUCUCUGCCUUCGUUGAACCAAAAGCUAAACCAAAAUCCUUGGCUUCAGAUACACUGAGUUUCAUAGCUUCCACUGAAGCCCCCACUUCGACUUCAAGCUCUCUCGCAUGUCACUCUUGUCGC